GGGCGGGGCUAUGGAGAGGAGGAGGAAGAUGGCGGGCGGGCGGCUCUGAGGAGAUCUCGGCGGCGGCGGAGGAGGAGAGAAGCGCAGCGCCGCGCCGCGCCUGGGCCCAUGUGGGGAGGAGUCGGAGUCGCUGUUGCCGCCGCCGCCGCUGCCUGUAGCUGCUGGACCCGAGUGGGAGUGAGAGGGAAGCGGCAGGAUGAAGUUCGCCGAGCACCUAUCCGCGCACAUCACUCCCGAGUGGAGGAAGCAAUACAUCCAGUAUGAGGCUUUCAAGGAUAUGCUGUAUUCAGCUCAGGACCAAGCACCUUCUGUAGAAGUUACAGAUGAGGACACAGUAAAGAGGUAUUUUGCCAAGUUUGAAGAAAAAUUUUUCCAAACCUGUGAAAAGGAACUUGCCAAAAUCAACACAUUUUAUUCAGAGAAGCUCGCAGAGGCUCAGCGCAGGUUUGCUACACUUCAGAAUGAGCUUCAGUCAUCACUGGAUGCGCAGAAAGAAAGCAGUGGUGUUACCACGCUGCGACAACGCAGAAAGCCGGUCUUCCACUUGUCCCAUGAGGAACGUGUCCAACAUAGGAACAUUAAAGACCUUAAACUGGCCUUCAGCGAGUUCUACCUCAGUCUUAUCCUGCUGCAGAACUAUCAGAAUCUGAAUUUUACAGGGUUUCGCAAAAUCCUUAAAAAGCAUGACAAGAUCCUGGAAACAUCUCGUGGAGCAGAUUGGCGAGUGGCUCAUGUGGAAGUGGCCCCAUUUUAUACAUGCAAGAAAAUCAACCAGCUCAUCUCUGAAACUGAGGCUGUAGUGACCAAUGAACUUGAAGAUGGUGACAGACAAAAGGCCAUGAAGCGUUUACGUGUCCCCCCUUUGGGAGCUGCUCAGCCUGCACCAGCAUGGACUACUUUUAGAGUUGGCCUAUUUUGUGGAAUAUUCAUUGUACUGAAUAUCACCCUUGUGCUUGCCGCUGUAUUUAAACUUGAAGAAACUAGAAGUAUAUGGCCCUUGAUAAGAAUCUAUCGGGGUGGCUUUCUUCUGAUUGAAUUCCUUUUUCUACUGGGCAUCAACACGUAUGGUUGGAGACAGGCUGGAGUAAAUCAUGUGCUCAUCUUUGAACUUAAUCCGAGAAGCAAUUUGUCUCAUCAACAUCUCUUUGAGAUUGCUGGAUUCCUUGGGAUAUUGUGGUGCCUGAGCCUUCUGGCAUGCUUUUUUGCUCCAAUUAGUGUCAUCCCCACAUAUGUGUAUCCACUUGCCCUUUAUGGAUUAAUGGUUUUCUUUCUUAUCAACCCCACCAAAACUUUCUAUUAUAAAUCCCGGUUUUGGCUGCUUAAACUGCUGUUUCGAGUAUUUACAGCCCCCUUCCAUAAGGUGGGCUUUGCUGAUUUCUGGCUGGCUGAUCAGCUGAACAGCCUGUCAGUGAUACUGAUGGACCUGGAAUAUAUGAUCUGCUUCUACAGUUUGGAACUCAAAUGGGAUGAAAAUAAGGGCCUGUUGCCAAAUGAUUUAGAAGAAGAACCAGGAAUUUGCUACAAGUACACAUAUGGUGUGCGGGCCAUUGUUCAGUGCAUUCCUGCUUGGCUUCGCUUCAUCCAGUGCCUGCGCAGAUACCGAGACACAAAAAGGGCCUUUCCUCAUUUAGUUAAUGCGGGCAAAUACUCCACAACUUUCUUCACAGUGACGUUCGCAGCCCUUUACUACACUCACAAAGAACGAGGUCACUCAGACACCGUGGUGUUCUUUUACCUGUGGAUUAUCUUCUGUGUCAUCAGUUCCUGCUAUACCCUCAUUUGGGAUCUGAAAAUGGACUGGGGUCUGUUUGAUAGGAAUGCUGGAGAAAACACGUUCCUCCGGGAAGAGAUUGUAUACCCACAAAAAGCCUACUACUACUGUGCCAUAAUAGAGGAUGUGAUACUGCGCUUUGCUUGGACUAUCCAAAUCUCUAUUACCACUACAAGUUUGAUGGCUCAUUCCGGGGAUAUCAUUGCUACUGUCCUUGCUCCCCUUGAGGUUUUCCGGCGAUUUGUGUGGAACUUCUUUCGCCUGGAAAAUGAACAUCUGAAUAACUGUGGUGAAUUCCGUGCUGUGCGGGACAUCUCUGUGGCCCCUCUGAAUGCAGAUGAUCAGACACUCCUAGAGCAGAUGAUGGACCAGGAUGAUGGGGUACGAAACCGCCAGAAAAAUCGAUCAUGGAAAUACAGCCAGACCAUAUCCCUGCGCCGGCCUCACCUCGCCUCUCAAUCCAAGGCUCGUGACACUAAGGUAUUGAUAGAAGACACAGAUGAUGAAGCUAACACUUGAAUUCUCUGAAGUCUAAAUUAACAUCAUUGGUUUUCCUACUCUACAGUUCUGUUCUUGACCAACGCAACCUCUAGUACCUUUCCAGCUGAAAACAGGAGAAAACACGUAACACAUUUUCCGAGCUCUUCCAGAUCGGAUCCUAUGGACUCCAAACAAGCUCACUGUGUUUCUUUUCUUUUCUUCUGGUUUAAUUUUCAUUUUCUAUUUUUUAAAACAAAUAUUUACUUCAUUUUGCCAAUCAGAGGAUGUUUUAAGGAACAAAAACAUAAUAUCUUAUGGAUUGUUUACAAUCACAAGGACACAGAUACCUGUCAGGAUGAAGAACAGGCAUUGGAGGGACCCUGUGAUGGGAUGGUUCCAAGACUGCUCAGCUUCUGCUAGGCCCGGUUUUGACUGGUUGAAACCGGACAUUGGUUUUUAAAUUUUUUGUCAGUUUAUGUGGAGAAUUUUUUCCUUUCCUUCAUAUCCAGCGCAAAGGCACUGGCCGCACUUGCAGGAAAAGUGCAACUUAGAGCAGUACCUUCAUUCACGAAGCUACUUUUUAAUUUGAUGUAACUUUUCUUAUUUGGGGGAGGGUUGCUGGGUGGGUGGGAAAUAUGAUGUAUUUGUUACAUAUAGUUUUCUCAUUAUUUAUGAAACUUAACCAUAAGAGAAUGAUAUAAUUCCUGUGCAAUGAAGGUGGUAUCAGUGAAAGAAGACAGGGGAAACUAAUGUUGGAUGACAUUUAUGAAGGUCAGUCCCACCAUACGUUUUUUGGGAGACAACUUGCACCAGUUUGACUUUUUUCUUUACUUUCUUUUUAAUUUUAAGCCAAAGUUUCAUCACUGACUUUCUAAGUUGCUGCUGCAUUAGAGUCCUAAGCAUCUCUCUCAUAACAAGGCAUCCCCACACUUCCAUACUACCAGCUGAACUUCACAGAAGAGGUUCUGAUACUUUUUUAAUUUUUUACAAAACAGAUGUGGAAUACAUUUGCCAUAUUUCAACCCUAACAACUGAAGUUCUGCCUUAUGUUACAGCAUGUAGGGUAAUUGUAGUAUAAUCCUUACUAACUCUGAAUUAGGAGAUAGCUAUUUCAGAGACUCUCUACACCCUUAUUAGAUAGUUCUUCUGAGCUCAACCACUUUAGCCAGAAUUUGUUCAAAUUAAAAGUCUUUUGUGGGAAAAUCAUAUUUUUGAGCACAUGGAACGAAUUAUCCUUCCUCUUUCACAUUACAUCGAUACAAAAGACCUUGGCAGCCAUUUCUCCCAGCAAUUUUACGGAUGAAAAUUUAAUUUCAUGCCAUCCCAUGACAGAAAACCUACUUUAAAAAUUUUGGGGAUCUGAACUUGGUCAUAUAUAAAAAGUAUAUUUCUUAGACAUUUCAGAGUAUUAUGGACUAUCCACAGUGCCCAUUUUCACUUGUCUUUAUUCUUCCCUUGUUCUGUAGUCAUCCAAGUAAGCCCAAAACCAUAGGGAUUUUACUUUCUUGAAGAUGUUAAAUUUAACAUUUCAUUACCUUACAAAGUAUAAAUUCCAGGAAAAAAAUAAAGUGUCUUUUACUCCCCCCACCAGUCCCAGAUAAAGAUUUCAAAAUCAACAUCAGCAGAUUCAUGAAAGUAAAUAUACUUCUAUUGUUUUCAGCUUAAUUAUAGACAAAGAAAUAAGUGAAAAGGCAGCUCUUACUACUUGCUUAGUUUUCAGACCAUUUGGUCACUGCCCUUUAAUACACUCCUUUUGUCAGCAGCUCUUCUCCCGUGUGUUCCGGUCUUUACUCAUCCCUCUCAUAAUCCCAGUAGACUAUAUUAAAGUUAUUACCAAAAUUGUAUCAGUUAACUGACAAAUAGUUUCUUUCAGUUUCUUCCAUGUUUAUUCUGACAAGCUUCCAAAUUUAUUCCCUCUAUAAAUUGAAUUUUGGCUUUUUUUUCCCCCUGAAGAAUCAUACAACGUUGUGGCUUCUAUUGCUUUUUUAUGUUUUGCCAAGCAUAUCCCUUGGCCCAAAACUAAAGAGGAAACAUUUAAUUACUGGUUUGUUUUUCUUUUUUAGUUUAAAUAAAUAGAAUCAUUUAUAAUAAUCAGUGGUAACAAUUUAGUGACCCUUGGUAAAUUAAAGGUUGCAUUAUUUAUACUUGGCUUUUUUUUCCUAAAUAUUCUGGGUUUUAUACUUUAAACUAUGGGGAAGAUAUUACUGGUCUGUCAAGAAAUAGCAGUAAUUAUUACUGAGUUACAUAAAGAAAUCCAGUGGACCAGUCUUUCUUGUGCAAAUAAAAUUGGUGGUACUAAUGUGUAUUCAGAGACAUUUGGGUUGUCAGCUUCAUUCUCUGUUAGUAAAUUAUAUGAUGACACACAUAAAAUCUUAUAGAUGACUUCUGGUAUUUGACCUUCCCAAUGUUUUUACUUCAAUGUAGCCUAUGGCCAGUUUGGUCUUUCUUCAAUUGUUAUGAUACUAGACCGUAAUUAGUAUUUUUUCAUACACAACACAAUGAUAAAAUGUAUUCCUUUUCUGGUGUUGUCUUACUGGCAUAGUAUAUUCAAAAAUAAGGCUCAUGUAACUUUGAGUGUACCAUGACAGAAGCUUAAAUAUUUAAAUGCACAGUUCUAUGAUCCUCUUAAAGCUGUAAAGAGAAAAAAGGGCUGUUCCUCAUCAAAAGAGGAUGUAUAGAGACAAAGUACACAUUUAAGUUUUUCCCUCAACAGAGGCAAUAUAGCCAGUUACAGUGGCUAACACCUGUAAUCCCAACACUUGGGAGUUCCAAGGAGGGUGAAUUGCCUGAGCUCAUAGGUUCAAGAUCAGCCUGAGCUGGUGCAAGACCUUAUCUCUAAAAAAUAGCCAGGCAUUGUGGUGGGCACCUGUAGUCCCAGCUACUCAGGAGGCUGAGGCAAGAGAAUCCCUUGAGCCUAAGAAUGAGAGAUUGCUUUGAGCUAUGACAACAUGGCACUCUACCAACGGUGACAAAGUGAGACUCUGUCUUAAAUAAUAAUAAAAAAAAAAGGAAACAUACAUUUUCCUCUUCCAAAUUUUAUAUGCCCCAGCAGUUAUAAAUGCUGUGUCCACUUAAAAUUUUAUUGGGGGCUCCUGUACACUAAAACUCUCAAUAGAACUCUGAAAAAUGAAUUAUCACGGGAGCAGCAACCUAACCAAAGGUAAAAGUUCCUCUAAUUUUAGGUUUAGAAAUUUUAGUUUUAAUUUUGAGAAUCACUAAAUUUUUAAUAUCAGUUAUGGUGCUUCUCAAAGGAAUGAAAAUAAGGCAUAUAUAAAAGAAUGAAAUUCAUUUUUCAUUUUAUGAGUACAGAGAGCAUCGAUGUAUGUAGAGAAGUUAGAAGACAAAAGUGGUUUAUUUUCUGUGUACAAGGAGCCCCUAGAUUUAAGGCUGUCUAAACCAUUGUGGUAGAAUAAUUGGUGAUUUCAUAUCAUAUAGAGAGACAAUGAAAUAAAAAAUUAAAUCAUUAAUUAGGGUAUUAUGGCAAUGUGUAAGAUUACAAAGUAGUUGAAAACCCACAUAGGACUUUUUUUCCCAUUGACUCAUUCUGAUGUCAUGAGUCUGAUGUCCCGAUUAAAUGACAGGCAGGCUUCUUUGCUUCAGAUUCAGAAGCAGUGGUUCAAGAGGAAAACACCAUUCACCCAGCAGUAACUUACACGAACCCUUUAGAGAAGGAAAGUGGAGCCCAGCCCCUAAGAUCAGUGGCUCUCCAAUAUCCUAAAGGAGAGUUCUGCAGUUUCAACUGAGCUUUCAGGAGAAGUAACUUAUUGAUACAUGGUAUCUUUCCAUCAUGGUUUGACACAAGUAUAUUCUCAGUAACUAGAAAAAGCAGUUCAUCCAUUUCUGAAUAAAAAAGGCAAGGUAAAAAUAGAAAAAAGUAACUUAGUACAGAGUCAUACAGGCAUCAGAUUAACAGACAUUUAGUUGAAAAGAAAUAAAAUCAUUUUGGAGCUAGCAAAGAAAAGCUAGAUGUUGGACCUUAGUGCAGAAGCCAGUCAGGAAAGUUCGUUAGGUUGGUGACACAAAGGUGAUGCCUCUCCAUACCUCCCGUCAGUGGUUAUAAUCACGUUUCUGGGAAAUACCUGCUAUUAUUUUCCUAUCUUCCCUCCCCCAUUACUUUGCAUUAUUUGGGAAAUAGUUCUUUAUUCCUAAAUGCAACUUUCUAAACAGUCAUUAGAAAAGUUUCUCAUUUUAAGAAAAAAAUAGAAUUUUAUUCAAAACUUGGGAUUCUCUGAAGUGAUUGCACUUUUAUCUGUUAAACAGACUUUAGCUCUCUCUCAACUGCAAAAUCACCAUGCUUUUCUCAAAUCUACUAAGAAAUUAAUGUCAGAUGAAGAACAUAGAAAUUCUGGUAGAACUUUUGAAAAGUUAGGUAAAGAAGAAAAUUUCUAAAUUACCUAAAUGCACCUACAUUUUUGCAUUUCCUUUGUAAUAAGGAUAAGUCUUGAUAGUAAAUCUUAAAAAUUCCCCUUUCAGCAUUGUACUCAAAUUUAUUCUGUAUGAUGUUAGAGCAUAUGAUAAUGUGGUUAAUAUAUAGUAAUUAUAGCAUAAGGAAAUUAUGCUGAUUGGUGUUAUGAACCAACAGUUUAACCAGCAUUACCUACACCCUACUCACAAAUAUGAAAAAGUAAAAGCAUCUUACUAGGUUUAGAAGAGCUUAACUUAAGCUAUACAGAAGUUUGCCUGGGGAUGGAGAAGAGACUGCUGCUUGGUAUGGCUCAUAAAGCCUUUCUUACGUGAAUCAUCGAAAUUCUGACACUGAGCUGAGCUGACCCUUAAAAACAACCUUCCAGAAUAUGUAUGUUUACUUAUGGUAGAAGAGGAAGUAAGAGGGACAAGAUAAGAGUUUCCCCUGAAGUUGAGAAUCACUAUACUAAUUUUCAACUGAAGCAUGUUUUCUUGUAGCAAACCUUUGGUUUAUUUUAUUAUCAAAUCAAAUACCAGUUGUUUUGUUUUUUGUAUGGUGCCAUCAGCCUAGGAGGACAAUCAAAUAACCCAUUGUUUGCCUUGGAUUCAGUAUGUCUGCUAAUUACAGUCUCAUCUUGUAUACCUUGAAACAAGUUACUUGACUAACUUCCACCAUAUUACCUUAGCGAUCUUCCUAUGCCCUUUCCUCUGUACCACUGUAAAUCAGAGGAAAGACUGCAAUACUACUAGAAAGAUGUGGACUUCUAAGAAAGCAAGGAUUCACUACCUACAAUUUCCUGACUGUUCCCAGCUUGGUGGAAAUGAGGAGAGAAAUUGUGGGAAAUCCCUAAAGAGUAAUUGUUCAUGACAUUGUUAUUCUUUGGAACUGUAAAGUAAAAUUGUGAGCCACUCACUUUUCAAUUGCAAAAAGAACAAAACUCUUAAACUUUUAUCACAUUGUGACGAUUAAUUGCUUGCCAUUUUUUUGAUUUUCACAAGCUUGUAUCAGAAGAAUAUUAGGAGGAGAAGCGGGUGGAAUAUGUAUUUCUUUCUUCAAAUCCUCUCCCACUACUUGUGUUUCCUUUACCUCCCUUCCCCCGCCACAUUAUGUUGGUCAAAUGAUGCUGUUCUAUGAAACCCUGAGCUAUGGUUGUCAAAAGUAACUAUGGAUUGUGAUUAGUCCUCUGUGGUGCUUCUUUCUUUCCCUCUUUUCUCCCUUGCUGUCUUUCUUACUCUCUACUCUGAUAAAUGGAAAAGGUGACAUCAAAGAAUUGAUGCUUGCUUGGACUCAUGUUGUAUCUGUGACUAUGCUAUUAGCUGUCUCCUUUUUCCUUCUCCUGUGGGUAGAAUUCUUAUGACAUGUGGAGUUCCCUUCUUGAUAAGUAGGUUAAAUGCACAAUGUGGUACUGUUUUAUAGUUCCUAGAUGGUUGUAUAAAGCAAAAAGUUAAUGUGGUUAUGUGUUUUUAAAAGAAAAUAAGUGGUUACUAAACUCUGUCCUUUUUUCAUUAUUACAAGCUCUCUCUGUUUUCUAAC